AUGUCCGAGUGGCGCCCCAUCAACUCCAAGGCUCUCAAGGCGGACAUGUUUACGGUGGCGGGGAAGCUGGGCAUCGUGAUCAGCGACGAGAUGGGCAUCCUGUUCGCCACGGAACCAUGCACUUCGUCGGGUCUACGCUCUCUACGUGGUGGUCUCGACGUGGUGGGCGGUCGACUCCAGCGCACGCUGCUGGCGCUGUCGCCGAUGGACGACGGAAGUCAGGACGCCGAUGCACACAUCGAGCUGUUCCGAAACGUGUUGGCCGUUUACAACAAGACGGUGGACAUGAUCCAGUUCAUUGUUGCGUAUUACUACGAAGCUCGGCGUCUCAUUGGUCGGUUCGCUGGUCGUCGAUCGUCGACCUUCGAGAUGCUAGAGCGCUACAUGGACCUGCGAUCGCACAUCCGACUCGUGGAGGCCGUGGAAGACGACUUUCAUACCAGUGGCGAGCACAAGCAGCUGGGGACGUGUUUCGUCAUCUGCGUAAGCUCGACAGUGUGUGCAAGCGACUGCAGUGUGAGUCGACGAGUGCGAGGUGAAUACCUAAAACCCACGUCAAAAAUUGUGCACUCCCCCGCAUUUGGGCACGGGCUCGCAAAAUUUGCUGCUGGUGAAAGCCUAUCAACGUCGGAGGCUACGGCGCUGAAUCGGCUGGAGCGCUCACAAGCUGAGAUGCCACGACGCGCGGCUGAAGACGAGCGCGCGGGUCGGGAGCAAGACUACGCUGCGGAGAUCAUCCGGCAGGGCGGCGGGACCAAGCGGCGCAAAGGAGAGCGUGUGGCGUACGUCGCCCUGGCGGCGAUGGUGCCACCGACAUCCAACUCGUGCGAGCGCCUGUUUUUGGAGUGCAAGUGGGUGCUGACACCGCAGCGCGGCAGUUUGCUCCCGGCGAACUUCGAGAUGCUCGUAUUCCGGCGCGCUAACAAGACAAUGUGGGACGUCACUACUCUG